AUGCCAAGUGCCAAUUGGUACGUGGUUGUGCUGGCCCGCUUAGUCUCUAUGCAGGUGGUAUGGCGGUGUGGUGCUGCUGGUCAUGCAGGCAAGUGCGUGAGGUUCAGGUAUGGUGCUGCCCUUGUCCCAUGCCAACUGCUGAAAGUUGCAUGGUCGUGCUGGCACCAUGUCACGUCUCCACCCUUUCUCCACCCCUUUCUCUCCUCUCUGUCCCAAUUGGUGGCGGCAGCGCGGCAGUUUGCGGCGCCAACAGCAGAGAUAGUGGCGGUGGGGAUGGGCAAGGAGGGGCAGGAGGAUGUCUUUCACACAGAAUGUGUCGACUCCAACCGCCUGUGUGUGGUUGGUCUAUUCAACACCGACUCCCCUCUUGACCAGCUCAAGCGGGUGGCAGCCAAGUGGCUGCGGGGCGGCCAGUUUGUCUUCAUGUGGCUGGACGCUGGGCAGCACAAGGUGUUGGCAUCUCGAGUCCUCCCACUGCUAGACGUGAUCCAGCAGGACCUGCCGACAGCUGUGGUGGUGAGCCUGCGCAAGAUGCGCUGCGCCAUACUGCCAGAUGCCUUCUCCCCCCCCAUCCUCGACGCCUUUCUCGACUCGCUGCUGGCCUGCCGUGUCCGCGCCUUCCCCCUCGAUGUGAGUGACAGUCUCUUCUUCGGCCUCGAUACGAGGCACUCUUCCCUCAGAUUUUCCUACCCCAAAGCAUCCCUAGUCAACUCCCUCUACUCUGCUUCCUUCUCCGCCUUGCUGCUCCCCUCCAAUCCCCCCCUCCGCCAGCGCCUGCCAUCGUUCCUGCCGGGCCCCUCAGUGGAGUCCUCCCCAGCAGCAGAUGAGGCAGCAGAUGAGGCAGCAGAUGAGGCAGCAGAUGAGGCAGCAGAGCCAGAGCCGAUUGCAGAGGAGGCCAACAAGGAGGCAGAGGAGGAAGCUGCCAGGAAGGCAGCAGUGGCGGAGGCAGCAAAGAAGGCAUCUAAGAAGAAAAAGAAGAGUAAGACCAAGAGGAGCAAAGACCAAGUAGACCUGGACGUUAGGGAUGAGUUGUAG